AAAUUUUAUGUGUUUGCAAUUGUGAACAUUGGAGACUCGCACUUUCACUUUUUACAGUAAGCACCUUCUACUACUCUCGUUUUCUUCCCUUCUUCAUCCAAAGAUCCGAUCUAGGGUUUAUCUAGGGUUUCUGCUCCAUCUCUCUCUCUCUCUCUUCGAUGACCAUGUCCUCUCAGACCCCCGAUAUCUUGGGCGACCGUCAGUACGGUCAGGACGUCCGCACUCAAAAUGUGAUGGCCUGCCAAGCUGUUGCAAACAUUGUCAAAUCUUCACUCGGCCCCGUUGGCCUCGACAAGAUGCUUGUCGAUGAUAUUGGUGAUGUGACUAUUACUAAUGAUGGAGCCACUAUACUCAAGAUGUUAGAAGUUGAGCAUCCUGCUGCCAAGGUGCUUGUGGAGUUGGCUGAGCUCCAAGAUCGAGAAGUUGGAGAUGGGACGACGUCAGUGGUGAUUGUAGCUGCAGAGUUGCUUAAGAGAGCAAAUGAUCUUGUAAGGAAUAAGAUUCACCCAACAUCCAUAAUCAGUGGUUACAGACUUGCUAUGAGGGAAGCAUGCAAAUAUGUUGAGGAAAAAUUAGCUGUGAAGGUUGACAAGCUUGGAAAAGAUUCUCUAGUAAAUUGUGCAAAGACAAGCAUGUCCUCAAAGUUGAUAGGCGGUGACAGUGACUUCUUUGCAAAUAUGGUUGUCGAUGCAGUACAAGCUGUAAAGAUGACCAAUGCUCGGGGGGAAGUCAAGUACCCAAUCAAGGGGAUUAAUGUUUUGAAAGCUCAUGGAAAAAGUGCAAGAGAUAGCUAUCUCUUAACUGGUUUUGCACUAAAUACAGGCCGUGCUGCACAAGGAAUGCCACUUAGAGUUUCCCCUGCAAAGAUUGCCUGUCUUGACUUUAAUCUUCAGAAAACCAAAAUGCAAAUGGGUGUCCAAGUUUUAGUUAGUGAUCCCAGGGAGCUUGAAAAAAUUCGCCAAAGAGAAGCUGAUAUGACAAAAGAGCGUAUUGAAAAACUUCUGAAAGCUGGAGCAAAUGUUAUUCUGACUACAAAGGGGAUUGAUGACAUGGCACUCAAGUAUUUUGUGGAGGCUGGGGCUAUCGCUGUAAGACGUGUUCAGAAAGAAGAUAUGCGCCAUGUUGCUAAGGCUACAGGUGCAACAAUGGUUUCAACUUUCGCUGAUAUGGAAGGGGAGGAAACAUUUGAUACGUCACUUCUUGGAUCUGCCGAUGAAGUUGUGGAGGAGCGCAUUUCUGAUGAUGAUGUGAUUUUGAUAAAAGGAACAAAAAAUAACAGUGCGGUGUCAUUGAUCCUCAGAGGUGCAAAUGACUAUAUGCUUGAUGAGAUGGAAAGAGCCCUUCAUGAUGCUUUGUCUAUUGUCAAGAGGACUCUAGAAUCUAACAUGGUGGUACCAGGUGGAGGUGCAGUUGAGUCCGCAUUGUCUGUGUAUUUGGAGAGCUUUGCUACAACAUUAGGAUCACGUGAGCAGUUGGCAAUUGCUGAGUUUGCUGAAGCUUUGUUGAUUAUACCAAAGGUGCUUGCCGUCAAUGCUGCCAAGGAUUCUACAGAUCUAGUUUCAAUACUACGGGCCAACCACCACAGGGCACAAACCAAGACAACAACCAAGACUGACAAGAAGGAUAAGGAUUAUUCUAGCAUGGGCUUAGACCUAUUAAAGGGAGAAGUUCGUAACAACCUUGAAGCCGGAGUCAUUGAGCCUGCAAUGAGUAAAGUGAAGAUAAUUCAGUUUGCAACUGAAGCAGCUAUUACCAUUCUCCGAAUUGAUGACAUGAUCAGGCUAGUCAAGGAUGAAAGUCAAGAGGGUUAAGAUGCGUGGAGUACCAUUUGACCCUCUGAUUUUGAAGCAGAAGGGUGGGAAGCGAAUCUGUGCUCGGUAUAUUCGUUCCAUGCGCUAAAGAUGAAGGAUUUUGUUCGUGUAGUUGUGGGUGGGAAUUGCUAUUAAACUCUAAUUUUCGGCAAACGGUUUUCUAGUUGAAGGGAGUGGUUUUGGGUGUGAUGGAGAAGGGAUGGUGGCUUUCCCCUUGAACACACAAACGUGAAAUGUUUUGUAUGAUUAGGUGACUGGAUGGUUGUAAUGGCUAUAUUUUCCAAACAUACAUAUCAAACUUUUUCUGUGGCGAAAUGGCGUGGUCCUUGUUUAGCUU